AGACAAAAGCCUCUCGUCACAUAGGUUUGUGUUAUCGCUGAGAGAAGAGAGGAACGUUGCAGACAUGGGGUACUUCUUCUUCUUGUCCGCAGAGACAUGGACCCUGCUGGCUGCCCUCGUCACGCUGCUGUUUGUGUAUUCCUGCUGGACAUAUGGGACAUUUAAGAGAUUAGGCGUCCCUGGGCCCUCACCUAUCCCAUUUUUUGGCACCAUGUUGGCAUAUAGAAAGGGAUUUUUUAACUUUGAUGAAGAGUGUCAUAAGAAAUAUGGGAAAAUGUGGGGCAUUUUUGAUGGCCGUCAGCCCGUGUUGUGUAUCACUGAUCCCGCUAUGAUAAAAACUAUCCUGAUAAAGGAGUGUUACUCUUUCUUCACAAACCGCAGGAAUUUCCGUCUGAAUGGGCCGCUGUACGAUGCUGUGACAGUUGCAGAGGAUGAUCAGUGGAGGAGGAUCCGCAGCGUCCUUUCUCCCUCCUUCACCUCUGGGAGACUAAAAGAGAUGUUUGACAUCAUGAAGCAGCAUUCAGCUGUCCUGAUCAGCAGCAUGAAAAAGAAAGCAGAUAAAGAUGAACCUCUAGAGCUGAAAGAGUUUUUCGGACCCUACAGUAUGGAUGUGGUAACCAGCACCGCCUUCAGUGUGGACAUCGACUCUCUCAACAACCCCUCAGAUCCUUUUGUCACGAACAUCAAAAAGAUGCUGAAAUUUGACCUUUUCAGCCCCAUCGUCCUCACUAUUGCCGUCUUUCCCUUCAUGAUUCCCAUAUUGGAAAAAUUGGAGUUUUCCUUUUUCCCUGCAUCUGUCACAGACUUCUUUUACGCUGCACUACAGAAGAUCAAGAUUGAUCGAGAGACCAGCAAACAAAAGCCUCGAGUGGACUUCCUCCAGCUAAUGAUCGACUCUCAGCAAAAUAAUAAUUCCAAACAGGAUAAAGGUCUGACAGAUCAUGAGAUCCUUUCCCAAGCAAUGAUUUUCCUCUUUGCUGGCUACGAAACGACCAGCAGCUCUCUCACUUUCUUGUCUUACAAUUUGGCAACAAACCCUCAGGUGAUGAAAAAGCUGCAGGAGGAGGUGGAUGCAACCUUCCCUAACAAGGCUCCCAUCCAGUACCAGGAACUAAUGCAGAUGGAGUAUCUCGACUGUGUCAUCAACGAGUCUCUCCGAUUGUUCCCCAUUGCUUCACGUUUGGAGCGUGUGGCCAAGGCCAGUGUGGAGAUAAACGGCUUUGUGAUUCCAAAAGGUAUGGUUGUCAUGGUACCCACCUGGCCGAUGCACCGGGACCCCGAGAUUUGGCCUGAACCAGAGAAAUUCAAACCUGAGAGGUUCAGCAAGGAAAACAAGGAGACAAUUGAUCCGUACAGCUACAUGCCUUUUGGAGCAGGCCCGAGGAACUGCAUUGGGAUGCGAUUUGCUCUGGUUGUGAUGAAACUUGCAAUAGUGGAGAUCCUCCAGAGGUACAGCUUCUCUGUGUGUAAGGAGACCGAGAUCCCCAUUGAGCUGGACAUCCAGGGUCUGCUACAACCAAAACGACCAAUCAAACUGAAGCUGGUGCCACGUUCUUAACCCUCCUCGUCUAAGAAGAUGACUUUUCUUCAUUUUAAUCUUGAUGCUUCUUGUGUACAUAAACACCAUGUCAGUUUUUGUACUACCUUAUUUUGUCUGCAGGUGCACUAAACACUCUAUUUAAUUUCUUUUUUGAAUUUUCUGGCAAUUAUUUCAUGGUUUAGGCUUUAAAGCGUUAACAUAGAUCCAGUAAAGACAAAAACGUAGCAGUCAGGCAUUUGGCCCUUGUGGACGGUCAUUGUUUAGUAUGGGCAAAGAGUUUAUGACAACGUAUUGUAAAGAAUAAUCAACAAUUUCUAUUUUUGUCUAAAGCAUGUAUCAAUUCAAUUCACUUCAAUUCAGUUUUAGUUAUAUAUCACCAAAUUACAACAACAAUCAGGGGAAAAUCCCAAUAAUCAGACAAGCAAGCACUUGGUGACAGUGGGACGGAAAAACUUCCUUUUAACAAGUGGAAACCUCCAAGCUCAUGGAGGGCUGCCAUUGGCUAGAUUGGUUUGGGGUGAGAGGAGGAAAUGCAAAGUCGUAUAUGAACAAGAUAAGAUGUUACGGGAUCCUGGAAAUAGCUGAAAUCUAUAAAAUCUGAAAAGGGCACAAUCAUAUUUCUCUGGUAAAUGGCCUGUAUUUAUAUAGCGCUUUACUAGUCCCUAAGGACCCCAAAGCGCUUUACAUAUCCAGUCAUCCACGCAUUCACACACCGGUGAUGGCAAGCUA